AUGUCCGCCGAAUCCUACGCGCAGCCAAUUGACGAUGGCUUUUCCUACGAACCCGGAUACGACUAUUCGCAGUCUCAAGUCAAGGAGGAUGAAGAGUUUGAGGAAAAGUACGACCCGGGAGAGGAGGAUGAGCCAAUCAGCCAGGAGGACUACUGGACGGUGAUCAACUCGUUUUUCGAGGAGAAGGGUCUGGUGCGGCAACAGCUUGAAUCGUUCAACGAAUUCAUCGAGAACACGAUGCAGGAGGUUGUGGACGAUCACUCGAGAUUGACCCUGGAUCAGUUCACUCAGUAUACCGGUGUCGCGGGUGAUGAGACGAGGCGAUACGAAAUCACUUUUGGUCAGAUCUACCUCGCCCGGGUCAACCACACCGAGAUGGAUGGUCGAACCAACAUGCUUUUCCCCCAGGAAGCGCGUCUGCGAAAUUUGACCUAUUCCGCUCCUCUCUACGUGGACAUCAAGAAGAGGACUUUGACUGCGAGUGGCGUGGAUGACCCGGUGGAGGCGGACUGGCAGCCCGCGGUUGGUGACGAUGGCGAGGUUGAGGACGCAGAGGAAGAAAAGACCUCGAUUGGUAAAGUCCCAGUCAUGGUUCGCUCCAACUUUUGUCUUCUCCACGGUCUUCCCGAUGAUCAAUGUCACGACAUUGGAGAGUGUCACUACGAUCAAGGCGGUUACUUUAUCAUUUCUGGUUCUGAAAAAGUCUUGAUCGCGCAGGAGAGGAUGGCCACCAACCAUGUCUUUGUCUUCUUGAAGGCCGCUCCUGCUAGAUACACCUACUUUGCCGAGAUCAAUUCGCAAAAGGAAAAGGGUGGUAGGGUUGCAAACCACACGGAAGUCAGGAUGUAUGCUAGGGCGUCGGGUACUACUGGUGGUGUGAUCCGAGUGUCUCUUCCCUACACAAAGGUCGACAUUCCCCUUGUUGUCGUCUUCCGAGCUCUCGGUAUCGUUCCUGACCGAGACGUCCUCAGCCAUAUCUGCUUUGGUGCCGAAGACGAGGCCCUCCUUGAGAUGCUCCAACCUUCCAUCGAAGAAUCGUUUGCUGUCCAGGACCGUGACACCGCCCUCGACUUCAUCGGUCGCCGUGGUCAACAUGAAAAAGCUCCUCGAGCUCAGCGUCAACGUGCCGCUUUCGACAUUUUGCAUAAAGAGUUCUUGCCCCACGUUUCAACGCAGGAAGGGUUCGAGUCGAAGAAGGCGUUCUUCUUGGGAUAUAUGGUACACAGGCUGUGUAUGGCGGCGUUGGGCAGGAAGGAGUUGGAUGACCGUGAUCACUUUGGAAACAAGAGACUGGAUUUGGCUGGGCCGUUGAUGGCAGAGAUGUUCAACGUGGUGUUCAGCAAGCUGAGAGAGGACAUGUACCGGUACUUGAAGAAGUGUGUUGAACAAAACAAAGAAUUUGCUCUCAACCUCGCGAUUCGGCCAAACACCGUCACUGACGGUCUUAAAUAUGCUCUCGCCACGGGUAACUGGGGUAAACGAGACAACACCCGUGCCGGUGUCUCCCAAGUGCUCAACAGAUACACACUCUCAUCUACCCUCUCCCAUUUGCGUCGUACCAACACUCCCAUCGGUCGAGACUCUAAAGCCGCCAAACCUCGUCAACUUCACAAUACCCAUUGGGGUAUGGUCUGUCCCGCCGAGACCCCUGAAGGAUCUGCGUGUGGUCUUGUCAAAAACCUCGCGCUCAUGUCCUACAUCUCCGUCGGGUCAUACUCUGCUCCUGUCAUGGAAUUCUUGGAAGAAUGGGGUUUGGAGGACUUGUCGGAAUACCAGGAUGCGCCGACGGCGACCAAGGUGUUUGUCAAUGGUGUCUGGAUGGGUAUCCACCGUGACGCCCCCACACUACACAGCAACUUGCUCCAAAUGCGACGCGGAGGGCAGCUCAAGUACGAAGUCUCCAUCGUGCGAGACAUCCGUGAACGUGAACUGCGGCUCUACACCGAUGCUGGGCGAGUCUGCCGACCAUUGUUCAUCGUCGACACUGCUUCUCAGACACUGCGUCUUACGCGUGAGCAUGUGGAUAGGAUUGACCAGGCGAUGGACGAAGGUCUUGGAGCGGGUGCGUUCGAUAGGCUAUUGUCAGAGGGUAUCGUCGAGUAUGUCGACGCCUCGGAGGAGGAGACAAUCCUGAUUGCCAUGACCCCUGAAGACCUCAUCAACGCUCGAACUGCGACCAGCAAGGAAGAGCUCGUGCGAGACAGGGCGGCACACAACCUCGAGUCAUUCGACCCCGCCGCGCGUAUCAAAUCGACCGUCUGGAGUCAACAGUACACCCACAUGGAGAUCCAUCCUAGUAUGAUUCUCGGUGUCUGUGCUAGUAUCGUCCCCUUCCCCGACCACAACCAAUCUCCCCGUAACACCUACCAAUCUGCUAUGGGUAAGCAGGCCAUGGGUGUCUGUCUCACAAACUAUCAGCUCCGUAUGGACACGAUGGUCAAUGUGUUGUACUAUCCCCAGAAGCCGCUGGCCACCACCCGGUCUAUGGAGUACCUCAAGUUCUCUGAACUUCCUGCCGGUCAGAACGCCAUUGUAGCCAUCAUGUGUUACUCUGGUUACAACCAGGAAGAUUCGGUCAUUAUGAACCAGUCCUCUAUCGACCGAGGGCUUUUCCGAUCCUUGUACUUCCGGUCUUACACAGACACUGAGAAGAUGAAGGGUAUGGCCAAGUCGGAAACCAUUGAGAAGCCGGACAGGAACGAGACUUUGAAGAUGAAGCACGGCAGUCACGAUAGAUAUGCCAAGCUCGACGUCGAUGGUCUGGUGGCCCCUGGCACCAACGUUAACGGCGACGAUAUCCUCAUCGGUAAAACCGCGCCUUUACCAGAAGACAGUGAAGAGCUCGGCCAGCGUACGCAGCUCCACACUAAGCGAGAUAUCUCUACACCCUUGAAGAGUACCGAGCAAGGUGUCGUCGACCAGGUCAUGCUGAGUACGAACGGUGAAGGCAACAUGUUUGUCAAAAUUCGUGUGCGAUCCACGCGUGUGCCGCAAAUUGGUGACAAGUUUGCGUCUCGACACGGUCAGAAGGGUACUAUCGGUAUCACCUACCGUCAAGAGGACAUGCCUUUCACUGCGGAAGGUCUUGUGCCUGAUAUCAUCAUCAACCCGCACGCUAUUCCCUCUCGUAUGACCAUCGGCCAUUUGGUCGAAUGUCUUUUGUCCAAGGUCUCAACCUUGACAGGUGCUGAGGGUGAUGCCACACCCUUCACCGAGUUGACUGUCGAGGCCGUAUCCAAGGUCCUCCGCCAGAGGGGAUACCAAUCCCGAGGCUUUGAGGUCUUGUUCCAUGGACACACGGGAAAGAAGAUGCAGGCGCAGGUGUACUUUGGCCCGACGUAUUACCAGAGGUUGAAGCACAUGGUGGAUGACAAGAUCCACGCGAGAGCAAGAGGACCGUUGCAGAUCUUGACGAGGCAGCCGGUGGAAGGUAGAAGUCGUGACGGUGGUCUGCGUUUCGGAGAAAUGGAGAGAGAUUGUAUGAUUUCGCACGGUAUUGCUGGGUUCUUGAAGGAGAGGAUGUAUGACUCUUCCGACGCUUUCAGAAUACACGUCUGUGACAUCUGUGGUCUCAUGGCUGUAGCCAACCUCAAAAAGCAAGAGUUCUACUGUUCGGUGUGCAGAAAUAGUACGCAGAUCUCGCAGGUGUACAUCCCGUACGCUGCCAAGCUGCUAUUCCAGGAGCUCCAAGCUAUGAACAUUGCUUGCAGGAUGUACGGCGAAUCAGACUAG